AGUCACAGGAUCAAGGCUUGGCUGGCUGCGUACCCAAGGUCUCUGGUGCUAACAUCUUACUUUUGCCAACGCCCCCAUGCAGGUCGCCUUAUUACUUUUCCAGGUUAUAUUGGCUUUGGCAGUGGUGCAGUCUGCUUGGACAUGCUACCUCAUUGCUUGCUCGCUGCCCAAGGAGGGCAUCGAAGCUGCACGCAGGAUAGGUGAGCUUGCGAGCAGGAUGCUGAAAACUGGGUUCAUGCAUUCCGAAACAGACCCACAGAAGCAGAAGAUAAAGCAGAUGGUCGUCAUGUCACGGGUUGAGCUCUUCAGAACGCUGCUGCCCCUUGCAGCAGGAUUGAACACAUGUUUAUUGCUCGAUUAUUUCGUUCGUAACCGACUCUGGGCCGUAUUUCGCUGGUCAUGGUACGGGGUGCCCUCCGAAGUAGAAGACGCGGCGCAGCACACGACUACGACGAUGGUAUUGCUAAUCAGGCAAUUCGUUUCGACUCUUUGGCUUGCCUUCCCGCGCCUUCAAACUCCCAGCUGCAUUCGUAUCGGAAUAGUUUUGGUGUACGUACGCCUUGCAUUUGAGGCGCACAUGCAGUGCGUGGGGGACCUCGCUGUUUGGGUGGCCGUUACAGCACCGGUUCGCCUUGGGGCCAGCCUCAUGCUCGGCGACGUUCUCGUGACCACAUGCUUGAACGUGUCGUUGUCCACGAUGGUCUUCUGCUUUCACACCGAUGGGUGGCACCUUACUUCCCAAGUCUACACCUGCGCUUGCAUAUUCUGCGUCAACUGGGCCAUAGACUGCUUGCGCUACGCGCAGUGCAAGUCCGUGCUGGAGGCUAGGAUAUCCCACAGUGUGGAGGUCGCGGCGGAUGGGCUGCUGAGCCAGCUGUGCGACGCGGUGGUGCAUCUGGGAGAGGACAUGCGGAUCACGCAGCCGUCGCCCCACCUCGCGGCGCUGCUCCUCUGGCCGUCCUCCUGCGGUGGGAUGCGGAACGUCUCCUUCCUCGACCUCUUCUCCUGCAGCGCGGAGUCCGAGCGGGUGCGGGGGUUCCUCCUCCGCGACACCCCGGGCGCUGACAUGCUGCAUGCGUCCAUGAAGGACUCCAACGAUGUCGACGUGACGGCUCAGCUGUUCCACAUUUGCGGCAAGGAUUUCGACGACCAGAUCUUCCACGUGGUGGGCGUGCGGGAGGACGCGGAGUCGUUCCGGAUGCCACCCCCGCCGAAGGAUGCUCUAGAGGAUGUUCUGCACGCGUCCCCCGUGUGCUCCGAGCCGCUCGCGGAGCACGCGCCCUCCGACGGUGAGAGCGCCAGGA